AUAUCCCGCGUGUCCCUCACUUUGUAUAUGCUGACAAUCCAUAUUUCAUUCCGUGUUUCUUAGAACGCCCACACACUUAUUCAUUCGUCUGCCAUUAUGCGUGAUAAUGCACGCUUAUGCACUCCUUCGUUCUCCUCUUUUAGUGGCCACUGUCGCUCUCGCUCAUGCCAUGAAAUGCGGGCAGUUCACACUCCCUAUUUUCAGUUUCUUGAUCUCAUCACUAUCGGUCUCUGCGUCUCCCUCGGAUGGGUUUUUUGCGGAGGGAGUAAAUUCUCCCUCCAACGAACGUGACAUUUCUCUCCGGUUCUCCCUCUCUCAACCGGCUAUUCGUCCUUCAAGCGCGUCAAUGACCUUGAUCUAUCUAUUCCCCAGUGCAUCCAUCCCAUCUCGUCAUUGUUUUCUUAUGAACCACCGAACUGGAGUUAUCACACAUUCGUUAACUUCGCAUUCAAACACAUACCAUCACCGCUCCUUCGUCUUCGCUCGUCAAUCGGUGUUUAUGACAGGGAAUUGGAUGCGAUGGAUAUAUGUACUUUUGGUUGCAUUUGUACUAAUCAGCGUGUACACGAAUGUAGAUUUUGCUCGUGUCGCAAUUGAUAAUGUCUGCCAUAAGGUCGACUUGGGCGCUGUUCUAUUGGUGCACGUGACAACACGACCCGGCUUAGCGGAGUCUGGAGCACAGGAAUACAACUUGAAACCACGGACACGUAUAUAGUCGAUUUCCUUCGUUAUCUCUAUUCCCUCAGUCGACUGAGGAAUUGACUGUUGUCUAGUCUCUUUAAGACCUGUGUUGGAUCAAUGAUCUAAAUGAUAUCUGGUUGGUUGCCGAAACCAUGGUGUUGCAGUUUUCCGAUCUUUUACUGCGUAGGAACAUUCAUAUUCCGCGCGAGUUACUGCUUUGAGAUUUCAUCAACA